AGCGUGCGCGUGAUUUGGCCCUAGACGGAUGCCGUAGCCAAGAGGUUGGGCGGAUGUUGUGAGCCGGGUCGCCGCGGCCAAGGCUCGGGCCUCCAGGACGACUGACUGCCCAUGAGAGAUGAAGGAUGGCAUCCAAGGGGGCCGGCAUGUCUUUCUCCCGCAAGAGCUAUAGGCUGACCUCAGAUGCUGAGAAAUCCAGGGUCACAGGCAUUGUGCAGGAGAAGCUGCUGAAUGACUACCUGAACCGCAUCUUUUCCUCUUCUGACCAUGCACCCCCAGCAGCCACCAGCAGGAAACCCCUGAACUUCCAGAACCUGCCAGAACAUUUGGACCUUUUGCUACAGGUGGACGAUGAGGAAGAGGAAAGCCAGGGACAGGUUGAAGGGCGGCUUGGCCCAUCCACUGUGGUCCUGGAUCACACAGGCGGCUUCGAGGGGCUUCUCCUGGUAGAUGAUGACCUGCUGGGGGUGAUUGGACACAGCAACUUUGGCACCAUCCGCUCUACCACAUGCGUGUACAAAGGGAAAUGGGUCUACGAGGUCCUCAUCUCCUCUCAGGGGCUCAUGCAGAUUGGCUGGUGCACCAUCAGCUGCCGCUUCAACCAGGAGGAAGGGGUUGGAGAUACACACAACUCCUAUGCCUAUGAUGGCAACCGUGUGCGCAAGUGGAACGUGACCACAACGAAUUAUGGCAAGGCGUGGGCAGCGGGGGACAUCGUGAGCUGUCUGAUCGACCUGGAUGAUGGCACGCUGUCCUUCUGCCUGAACGGUGUAUCACUGGGCACUGCCUUCGAGAACCUAUCCAGGGGCCUGGGCAUGGCCUACUUCCCAGCCAUCAGCCUUUCUUUCAAGGAGUCUGUGGCCUUCAACUUUGGCAGUCGUCCUUUGCGCUACCCAGUGGCGGGCUACCGGCCCCUGCAGGACCCACCUAGUGCUGACCUGGUGCGGGCACAGAGGUUGCUGGGCUGCUUCCGGGCAGUGUUGAGUGUGGAGCUGGACCCCGUGGAAGGGCAGCUGUUGGACAGGGAGAGCUCCGAGUGGCGGUUGCGGGGCCAGCCCACUGUCCUCCUCACACUGGCCCACAUCUUCCAUCGCUUUGCACCGCUCCUGCGCAAGGUGUACCUGGUGGAGGCUGUGCUCAUGAGCUUCCUGCUGGGCAUCGUGGAGAAGGGCACACGCGCACAGGCACAGUCCGUGGUGCACCAGGUCCUGGACCUCUUGUGGCUCUUCAUGGAGGACUAUGAGGUACAAGAUUGCCUCAAGCAGUUGAUGAUGUCUCUGCUUCGGCUGUACCGGUUCUCACCCAUCGUCCCAGACCUGGGCCUACAGAUCCAUUACCUACGGCUCACUAUCGCCAUCCUGAAGCAUGAGAAGUCCCGCAAGUUUCUGCUUAGCAACGUCCUCUUCGACGUGCUCCGCUCCGUCGUGUUCUUUUACAUCAAAAACCCCCUGCGUGUGGAGGAAGCUGGCCUGCAGGAGCUCAUUCCCACCACCUGGUGGCCCCACCGCUCCAGUAGGGAGGGCAAAGAGAGCACGGAGAUGGAGGAGACAGCAGAGGAGCGGCUGCGGCGGCGAGCCUACGAACGGGGCUGCCAGCGGCUCAAGAAGCGCAUUGAAGUGGUGGAAGAACUACAGGUCCAGAUCCUGAAGUUGCUGUUGGACAAUAAAGAUGGCAAUGGGGGUGAGGCUUCUAGGUACAUCUUCCUGACCAAGUUUCGCAAGUUUCUGCAGGAAAAUGCCAGCGGCCGCGGGAACAUGCCCAUGCUCUGCCCCCCCGAGUACAUGGUCUGCUUCUUACACCGACUGAUCUCUGCCCUGCGAUACUAUUGGGAUGAGUACAAGGCUUCCAAUCCCCGUGCUUCCUACAGUGAGGAGGCCUACAUCCCACCCCAGGUUUUCUAUAAUGGCAAGGUGGACUACUUUGACCUGCAGCGCCUGGGGGGCCUCCUCUCCCACCUGCGGAAGACCCUCAAAGAUGACCUUGCUUCCAAAGCCAACAUUGUGAUCGACCCACUGGAGCUCCAGGCAGCCACCAUGGAUGACCUGGAUGAAGAUGAGGAGCCAGCCCCAUCUAUGGCCCAGCGCCCCAUGCAGGCCCUGGCUGUUGGGGGGUCACUGCCCCUGCCCCGGCCCAGCUGGCUCAGUUCUCCAACCUUGGGCCGAGCCAACCGCUUCCUCAGCACAGCAGCCGUGAGCCUCAUGACCCCACGGCGUCCUCUUAGCACCUCGGAGAAAGUGAAGGUCCGCACGCUGAGCGUGGAGCAGAGGACCCGUGAGGACAUUGAAGGCAGCCACUGGAACGAGGGCCUGCUGCUGGGGCGGCCCCCCGAGGAGCCUGAGCAGCCCCUCACCGAGAACUCGCUGCUGGAAGUCCUGGAUGGGGUGGUCAUGAUGUACAACCUCAGCGUGCACCAGCAGCUGGGCAAGAUGGUGGGUGUCUCCGAUGAUGUGAAUGAAUACGCUGUGGCUCUGAGGGACACAGAGGACAAGCUCCACCGGUGCCCUGAGUGGAGGAAGGACAUUUUUGCAGAGUUGACCAAGAGCCAGAAGGUUUUCUCAGAAAAGCUGGACCACCUGAGCCGCCGUCUUGCCUGGGUCCAUGCCACUGUCUACUCCCAGGAGAAGAUGCUGGACAUCUACUGGCUGCUGCGAGUCUGCCUGCGGACCAUUGAGCACGGCAAUCGCACGGGAUCUCUCUUUGCCUUCAUGCCCGAGUUCUACCUGAGCGUGGCCAUCAACAGCUAUAGUGCUCUCAAGAAUUACUUUGGCCCUGUGCACAGCAUGGAGGAGCUCCCAGGCUAUGAAGAGACCCUGACGCGCCUGGCUGCCAUUCUCGCCAAACACUUUGCAGACACACGCAUCGUGGGCACUGACAUACGAGACUCACUGAUGCAAGCCCUGGCCAGCUACGUGUGCUACCCACACUCCCUGCGGGCUGUGGAGCGAAUCCCUGAGGAGCAGCGUAUUGCCAUGGUAAGGAACCUCCUGGCUCCCUAUGAACAGCGACCCUGGGCCCAGACCAACUGGAUCCUGGUGCGGCUCUGGAGGGGCUGUGGCUUUGGGUACCGCUAUACACGGCUGCCACAUCUGCUGAAAACCAAACUUGAGGAUGCCAAUUUGCCCAGCCUCCAGAAGCCCUGCCCCUCCACCCUGCUGCAGCGGCACAUGGCAGACCUCCUGCAGCAGGGUCCUGAUGUGGCACCCAGCUUCCUCAACAGUGUCCUCAACCAGCUCAACUGGGCCUUCUCCGAAUUCAUUGGCAUGAUCCAGGAGAUCCAGCAGGCUGCUGAGCGCCUGGAGCGUAACUUUGUGGAUAGCCGGCAGCUCAAGGUAUGUGCCACCUGCUUUGACCUCUCGGUCAGCCUGCUGCGUGUCUUGGAGAUGACCAUCACACUGGUGCCUGAGAUAUUCCUCGACUGGACCCGGCCUACCUCUGAGAUGCUGUUGCGGCGUCUUGCACAGCUGCUAAACCAGGUUCUGAACCGGGUGACAGCUGAGAGGAACCUGUUUGAUCGUGUGGUCACCCUGCGGCUGCCUGGCCUAGAGAGCGUGGACCACUACCCCAUUCUGGUAGCAGUAACAGGCAUCCUGGUGCAGCUCCUGGUGCGUGGCCCAGCUUCAGAGAGAGACCGAGCCACAUCAGUGCUCCUGGCAGAUCCCUGCUUCCAGCUUCGUUCAAUAUGCUAUCUCCUGGGACAACCAGAGCCCCCAGCACCUGGCACUACCCUGCCAGCCCCUGACCGGAAGCGCUUCUCCCUGCAGAGCUAUGCAGAUUAUAUCAGUGCCGACGAACUGGCUCAGGUGGAACAGAUGCUGGCACACCUGACCUCUGCAUCUGCCCAGGCAGCAGCUGCCUCCCUGGUGAGUGGACCCACAGCACACAGGCCCAACCCACUUGAAUGUGUGCACUUCUACAUAGGCACAGCAGACAUCCACAUAGCUGGGCAUCCAACUCCGGCCCACUCUUCACUUUCCUUCUUGCAGCCCACCAGUGAGGAGGACCUCUGCCCCAUCUGCUAUGCCCACCCCAUCUCUGCUGUGUUCCAGCCCUGUGGCCACAAGUCCUGCAAAGCCUGCAUCAACCAACACCUGAUGAACAACAAGGACUGCUUUUUCUGCAAAGCCACCAUCGUGUCUGUAGAGGACUGGGAGAAGGCAGCCAGUACGAGCACUACCUCCUCAGCUGCUUAGCCCUCAGCCUGCACCAUCCUGGGACCUCCACCCUUGAACCCAGAGCCAGGCUGGGCCCUAUUUAUGAGCUCCCUUUGCCCUUCUCCUGUACCCACCACCACCACCACAUCCAACCUCCUUGCCCGCCUGUUUCAUUGGUGAGAGCCCAGCCAUGGCCCUAAUUGUGCCUGAGCUUGACUUUCAGUCAGGGCCACAGUGAGCAUUAAAUUAUUAUUCCAUACA